UCAUAACCCAGCACAUCUGUCCUGAGAUCUUGGUUCACUUUUAGAAGCUUCAUUAGCCUAACUGUAUGGUUGAAUUUAACAAGCUACUGUGAAAAAUGGACAGGCUGCUAAGAAUGAAGCUACUGUUGAUUCCAGUGUUUCUUUGUCAUGCCAUGCUAAGCAGUUCUCAGCUGUGUUAUAACUUGACUCAUGAACAUAAUGUAAAUGAACUGAAUUUGUCUAGCAAGACCAUAAGCUGCUUCACCAAUCAAAAUCUUAGUGUACCCACAAACUACAUAAAAUUGGACCUUUCCAAUAACAUGCUGGAUUUACUGCCAGAAUACAUAAUUUCACCAAGUCUUACAGAGGUUUAUUUACAGAAAAACAACUUCAAAAAUCUGUCAGAUAAGUUUUGGAACCAUAAAUGUCUUCAAGAACUGCAUCUUGAAGGAAAUGAGUUAUCUUCUGUCCAAGGGUCUGUAAUCUGUAAUACGACUAUACUUAGCAUAGACUGCCAGUGCGACAUAAUCAAAAGUGUCAUCAAACAUCACUGUCAAAAUUCAAAAUGUCCAGGGAACUUCACGUGCAGUUUGGAAAGCAAACCGAAUGAAGCUAUAAUGUAUUUCUAUGAACAAACUUGCAAGGACUUGAACCUCCUGCCACUGUACAUUGUUCUUUCACUUCUAGUAGUAGUGGCUCUUCUUGUCUUAGCCGUACGUGGUAUAAAAGGAAAUUCUGAAACCACCAGCACUAAGCAAGAUGCAGAAUCAACAUCCCCCCAUCAGCAGCCACGGUACAUUUCAUCAGCGAGACCAGCAUGUGCAGCUACAAACCCUUCCAGAGAAUCUCCCUAUGAACCUGCUCCUCAGCAUAAGGACUAUGAAAAUGUGUUGAUUGGUCCACUGCAUUCCGCACAAAGACCGAAUUAUGCUAGUACGGUGCAGCCAACUCCCAGGUACAUAGCCACCAUGAAUGAAGACUUUUACCUGCAGUGUGAUGUUGAUGUAAAUGACCAACCAGUUUAUUCUAACACAGAUGCUGUGUACUAUGAUUAUUCUGCUGAAGCUGUCCCUUCUCCACGAGAUGACGAUAUCUACAUUCUGCCAGAUCAAUGAGAGGUGUAUAUGUGUUCAGAUCUCUUUCUGUUUUUUCAGUAAUGUUUCUGUCGUGCUGAUGAAGGCUAGAGAACUGACUUUUAAAAUGCAAAUGUUGUUGACUGAAUGUCUCACUGAAGUAAAAGAAGGGCAUACACGUUAAUACACUUGGAGUUUGUUUAACCAUGGUCAUUACUGUGGCAUGGACCAUAUUUUCUUUUGGCCAGGAGAACCUAGCCUUUGCUGGAUGUUUCUUGUUUUAAAAAACAACCACACCAUCUAACUUGUUAUCAUUCAUUUAUCAAACAUUUAAGAUUUGCUUGCGUACAAGCUGCUCCUUUCCUAUUUCACAUCUGAAACCCAUUUGAACUUCAGAAUGAUAUGCUUGGGCAUUUCUUGGAAAAGACAGUCAUUUCCCGUGCACCAUUCACAGUAUCAUGUUCAGCACAACAAACUACAUAGCAGCUACACCAGCCAGUCCAAGUACAAGAUCAGUACUUGUCCAUGUGCCCUGUUCAUUUAUUUCUACUUACUGGAGCAGUCCAGGUGGUGGACAGCCUAGUUAGAACUUAUGAUCUGCUGAGGCCUAGAUAUGAAAUAACAUGCAGGUUUUACAUAAGCACAUUGUGAGUUUUCAGCUAUACCAUUCUGUUUAAAAAAUGUCACCAGCUUCAAAGAGGCUUGGAAAUAUAUAAAACCAUCAUCUCAACUUACAGUUCAUAUGUUUUUACUCUUGCAUCAAGAUAAUUUGUUAACUGGUAUCAAGAUAAUUUAAAAGAAAUUAUAAUCUCAAUGUCUUAGAGUUCAGUAAGCACUAUGUACUUAAUCAUUGUUAGUAUGCAUCAUCGUGUAACAUUGCAGUCCUUCCUUUCUGCAAACAUGUUGAUUGUAUACUAGAGUAUUAUUAGUAAAUGAGGGAUCUGCUAAAAUAUGAUGAUGUAGCUGUGGUACUGCUGCUUCAGAGUGCUUGGUCCACUGGUUCUCUUCUUGGAUGGAGUGCCUUCUUUGUGGAAUUUACAUUUUUCCUUUGUGCAUUUGGCUUUUUUUCUGGGUUGUCCACAUUUAUCCUUUAAUCCAAAACUAUACAGGUAGGUGAACUUGUGAUGCUAAAUGGGCCUUAAUAUUGCAUGUGAUUGCCCUAAACUGUACAUUCUGAAAAGACUAACAUCCCAUGGCAUUAGUUCCUGUCUUGUGCCAAUGGUUUGUGAGGAAAGCCUCUGCUCCCCAUGAUCUUAAACAGGAUAAAAACUGUACACAAGGGAUGGAUUGUUAGAUGAACUAGAAAGAUUAUAUACAAGAAGUGUCAUCAAUUCCUAUUCAUAGUGCUAUUGUUUAUUUAUUAAUUUGUUUAUUUAAAUUUUGUGACCAGGUAUAAUAAAAGAAAAAAGGUGUGAGAAGAAAUUUACAGAAAAAUAAAAGCAGGGAGAAAGGAGGAGAGGAGAAAUGUGUAAAAAAAUAUUUAGCUUAAAACCCAACAGUUGAAAGUUGCAUCAAGUGAUUCACUUUUUUUAUUUUACUGUGCACUCAUAAUUAAAAAAAAGUAAAUUAUAACAAUCAUAAUAAUUUUUAUUAAUGACAAUUCCUCUUGAAGUAUUUAAAUUGUUCUACUGUGAAAUGUUGAAAAUGUACAUAAAGUAUAUCCCAGAGAUGGGAUGAAAAUAUCCGCCCGUGCUGUGGCCCAGGGAUAUAAUGUAUGUGUUGCUGGCAGCCUCUGCUUGGUUAAGAAUCCUGUCAUCAGGAAGCUGAAUGGGGUUGAGAGACUAAGCAACCUAUUAACAUUUAUACGAGAGAGGGCAGAGGGGAGAGUCACCACUUUAUGGUUGUUCUCUAGCAGUGGCUGGAGGGAUAAACUCAGCAUACAUUAACUACUGAAGAGAAAAAAUUUGCAUACAAAAUGUUUGAUGCUAUGUGCAAGAAUGCAUAUGCAUUCUGUGAAGGUCAUAAGAGGAAACUAUGACAUAAGAAAAUGCUUCCAGCCUUAGAACUCUCUUGCCAAGUAUUUUUCUGCCAGUCCUGAGAGGAGAGCCAAGCAAGGAGAAAUUAUUUGGCAGAUAAUAAGCAGUCGGAGGAGACUAGAGAAUCUGAAGUCAGGAAAUGGGGAAGAAUAAUUAAACAGAGUCAUAAAAAUGCAUCUACAUUAAAUAUAUUUUAUGUGCAGAAGAGAGAAAAGGGAAAGAAAAGUGACAGAUUAAUAGAACAAAUGGCAAAUAUGAGGUAGAUGUAUCUGGUUUUGAUCAAAGAAAUCUCAAAAUAAAGGGCAUGCCUAAAUUUGAAUGGUUCCAAAUCAUUGCUGAAAAAGAAAACAUACAAGUAACAUUCAUACAGAUCAUCAUUGGAAGUCAUGGGUAAUACUGCACACAGGACUAUAGAGCGGCUCAUUUAGAAAGCAAAAUCCCAUAGUAUCAAAGAACAUGGUCCAAUCAGCAAAGACCAGACUAAAUGCUGGGCCUGUGCCAACCAUUUCCGAUCUAGCUCUAUCCAAACUUUUUAUUUGCUAAUUUAUUUUUGUAUAAUUUGUUAAGGUGCAUCUUUUCUGUACUCUGCAUAGACUUUAGCCUGUUACCUCACAAGACAGGGACAGAGUCAAAUAUAAUCAGACAAACGUUUUAAAAUAUUGGUUCUGUUAGCUUUUACCAUUGUCCAGUUGAGGAUUUCCUUUGAGAUUCAUAUAUUAUUUUGUAUUUAACACUGAGCAAUGCAAAUUAGCUGUAAUACUCCUUCUUCUGUCAAAAGGUCAGAUGAGAGACAGAAAACCAAUGACAGAUAAUAUGGUCUCUGAACAUUAACAACAGGUGAGAAAUAUGGUAUAAUCAUUUAAAACAGGAACCAAGAUAUAUUGUCUUCAUAAUCCAGUAUAGAUCAAAUCAAAAAUUUUAGAAACCGAGAAAAAAAAACUGUUGCUGCCUUUUUAAAAAAAAAAGCACAUCAUAUGCAACUACAAGUUUAUUGUACAGUAUACCUUGCACAAUGAUUGUUGUACUGUAGCUGUUGCUUGAAGAAUGCAUGCUCAACUCACUUCUUUAACCAUUACUAUAAUGCAGACUAGACAGUCUCUGAUGAAAGGCCAAAGUGUUGCUUACCUGAAAUAACAAUAAAUAGAUAAAUAAAUAUUUUGCAGAAGAGAUUAAAAGAAAGACUGGAUACGCACAUGGUUAGCCAAGUCUGAUUUGAAGUCAAGCAGGACAAUGCUUUACCAUUUUCAUUUGAGAGUAACCAUGUCUCUUAUUGGUUGGUGGUUGGCUUGCCGGCAGGGCUUACUGUCACAUGACUGCAGCUGUAUGCAUCCUCUCAAGUUUUUGUAAAGAUAAGACAUGAUCAAGAAACAUUGUUCAGUGUGUGAGAAUAAAAUAAGAAACUAAAA